GUCCGUCCUGGCCCAUUCUCAAGUAGGUAUUUAUGUCUUUAAGGAAGUUAAUUAUAACUUUCGUAACUUUCGAUUGCCUAUAAGCAGUCUGAGAACAGUAAUAUACCAGGAGGUUGUAGAUGAUGUCAUCAGAGUUGAGCAGGGAAAGGAAACCAAUUGUUGGGACUAAGUAUGGACUCUGCUAUGGGUAGGACUGGCAAUCUUCCCAAAGCUGCACAUUGUGUAGAUGAUACAGAAAGCAGUACAGUGUCUGUCACAAAUCCUUCUACUGCGGCAGCAGUAAAACCACAAACCAGUAGCAUAAAUAUGCCUGGAAGAUCGACCCCAGCCAGCAUACAAGCAGAUUCGUUCUUGGCUCCUGAAAACUAUCUUUACUUACCAGACGUACCAAGAAUAACUCCGGACAAUAAUGAUGAGGGUCUCCGGACACUAGCAAUUUUAGCUAAAGAGAACCUUGAUCGGGAAUAUUGGAAAAUAAACUCGGCUCUCCAGAAAAAAUGUGAAUACAUCAAGCGAAGUUUAAAUAUUGAGGACCUAAAUUAUCUGAAGCCUUCAAACAAGAAAGGAAGAGGAGCAAAUUAUUGCAGGAUUAUUGAAAUGAAACAAAUGCAACGUUCAAACCUUUCAUUAGCCCUAUUGCCUGCUUCUGUUUCACCUCCACACAUUCAAAGUUCUGACUUCUCAACUAGUGUACCAACGUAUACUCAAAUGCAUUUACCAGCUGCAGAACAAACACCAAAAUCAUUUAAUUCUGGUUUGAAAGGAAAAUUCCUAAUGAGAUGCACAGAAUGCCAGGAAUGUGUUCACGUACGGUCUGCAAAAUGCCAGAGAUGUGGGUACAACUUUAAAGCUCGUCGGAUGGAAAGCAAACACAAAAUGGAAGAAUCUCUCCGUCUUAUUGGAAAGAAGGUGGCAGGACGAAACAACAUCUCCCGGGCUUACAGAGCCAUUGAGAAGCAGAUGGCAAAAAUGCGCGGUGCUGGGUAUGAAACUUUGUUCAUCUAUUACAAGAAAGGACUCCAUAAAGCUACUCAAGGCAUUUUGCCAGCAGAUUGCCUAACAGCAGCAGACAGUAAAUCGAUAAGCAAUAUCUUCCAUUUGUAUCGCAAGAGGAAGUUGGAGGCUGCAGAAGUAAAUCAACUCACAGUUGAACAUAAUGAUUCUGUGACACCAUUGACUAGAGGUUCUAAUGGCAUUGGAUGUGCGAGUACUAAACAGACCAUAAAUCAAGAUGACGUGGAUAUAAUGGAUAAGGGCAAGACAACAGACUUCGAAAUAUCAUCAAGUGGCAUGCAGCAGCUAGAAGAUGACUCAUCAACCCCAAUUUUGGGGAAGGAGAAACCCCAAAAAUUCAGGAAAAUUUGAUUUUCCAGGAUUUAAAAAAAAACAUUGCCAGUCAGGCUUAAAUAAUUGCCCAAGUCAAGCUAAUAUAACCUACCUCCUUUAGUUAAGAUAGAGAUUUCUAACACUGAUAAUUAUAAAUGUCUAUCAGGGUAAUAUAACUAAUGAAGUCAGGACAUCCUUUUAUUAAAUUUGUCAAAACCUCUCUUAGCGAGUGUUUGCCUGUACCAUGAAAAAGUAAUGCAGUAAAACCACUAAUUAAUGCUAA